AUGAGGGGGGCGCGCCUGUCGGAGGAGUCUGGUCGGCUGGGCGGCAGCAGCAGCCGGCCCGUGGCGCCCAUCGAGCCGCUGCUGGAGCUGGGCGGCGGGGGCCUGGCGCCGCCCGGGCCCCUGCAGCCCGUGUUCGACGAGGCGGCGCCCCGCAGGGUGUCCACCCUGACGGGCGGCACCGCCUACCUGCACUGUGUGGUGCACCACCUGGGCGGCGGCAGCGUGUCGUGGAUCAGGCGGCGGGACCUGCACAUCCUAACGGUGGGCACGUACACGUACACGACGGACCAGCGCUUCGAGGCCGUGCACGCCGCCGCCUCACGGGACUGGAUCCUCAAGCUCCGGUACGCCCAGGAACGCGACUCCGGCCUCUACGACUGCCAGGUGUCACGCCGGCCCGUUCUCACCUUCAGCGUGCGGCUCGACGUGUACGCCGCCCCCCGUGCCAGCAUCGUGGGCGCCCCGGACAUGCACGUGGACCGCGGCUCCACCAUCAACCUCACCUGCACCGUCAGCCACACACCUGAGCCGCCCGCCUACAUCUUCUGGUACCACAACGGACAGGUUGUGAACUACGAGUCGGAGCGCGGCGGCGUGACGGUGGUGACGGAGCGCGGCAAUACGACGCGCGGCUUCCUGCUGAUCCAGGACGCGCGGCCGCGGGACUCCGGCAACUACACGUGCGCGCCCUCCAACACCGCGCCCUCCGCCCUGCGCGUGCACGUGCUGAACGGUGAGUCGCCAGCCGCUGUACAGACCAACGCCGGAGUUACCCCUUCCAGCUUUCCCUGCUUCUACGUGCUCUCUUUCCUUCACCUCCUCCUGCUGCUGCUGGUGGCGUGGGCGUGGCCGUGGGAGUUAGGUCCACCCGUGCUGCCCUCUUGCGGUGACUGAGGGCGUGUUUGUGUGGAGGGGGGCGUGUUGGGGGUAUGUUUGUUGUCUAGUUCUGUUUAGUUUGUCUGUUUAACCGUGUGUGUUUGUCUGAUUUACGCCAGGAGGUCAGAGGUCAAGUGGGCUGAGGGACGGAGGAGGGGAAGGGGGAGGGGAACUGUCUGUCUGUCUGUCUCAUUAUCUGUCUGUCUGUUUGUGUGUUUGACUGUGUAUCUGUCUGUUUAACUGUAUAUGUCUGUCAGUCUGAAUUAAUGGAUGGAUUGAUGUCUCUCUCUCUCUCUCUCUCUCUCUCUCUCUCUCUCUCUCUCUCUCUCUCUCUCUCUCUCUCUCUCUCUCUCUAAUGUUAUUGUAGCACGAGGAGAAGGAUUUUCAUAAUUAUUUUUGCGUAUAAUAUAUUUCCCGUAUUCUAUUUAUCCGUAACAGAGACAAAUAUUGAAGUUUAUAAUGAUGAUAAUAAUAAUGAUAAUGAUAAUAGUGAUAAUAAUAAUGUUUCACUAGUCGAAGGUAAUUAUUCUUUUCUUUGUAUAUAUGUAAAUGUUGCCAAAAUAGGUAUGAUAAUAUAUAUGAAAAAAACUUAAGUAAACUCACCAGAAAUAGAUAAAUAAUACAUAAAUAAAGAAAUAAUGAAAAUAAGCCGAAUUUGACAAGGAACCCAUUUUUUAUACUUUAAUACCUUUUAUACACAUUUUUUUAUUACAUAGGCCUACUGCGAUGGCACGUUUUUUUGGUGUCGUAUAGGCCUACUGCGAUGCUACAUAGUAAAGUACAAAGGUAAGGUCAUAUCAUCAUUUUCUCUGUAGCUCAAUAUAUUAUUCAAUGGAUUUUACUCAUAUUUCUUGUUCGUGAUUUUCCAAUAAAAGGU